AUGGCAACUGAACAUGAUCUUCGUGGCAACACAUCAAAAAACGAAAAUGACAUCAUCUCAUCACUUAUCGAGAUUCAAAAAUGCAGAAUUCCGCAGCAAAAGAUGAAAUGGAUUGUAGAGAGCCUUGAAUGUCUUGGUAGACGACAGUCUAGGAAGAGAAAGCUAGACUUGAACGAAAGCCACAAAUCUGAAAGACCAUAUUGGUUUCGAGAAGAUGUUAAUGGCUUUAUUAACAGUAACUUUGUGGCCUUGUCAUACACUUGGGAUGCUUCUGAGCACGAGACACAAAAUCCCAAAGCCGAAGGUCAUCUGAUCGAGACAAGGGACGGAGAAGAUGCUUGGCGCUCAUCUGUCCGCAACUCAGUCCUCGAGAGAAUCACAAAAUACAUGCAAUGUCAUAACGUGCCACUCCUAUGGAUUGAUCGUCACAGCAUACCCCAGAAGAAGUGCAAACAACCUACAUGCACCCAUGGAGAAUGCAAACAGAAAAGACACGCCUUAGAUGCGAUGGACUGGGUGUAUUCGCUCAGUGAUCACCCUGUCGCUUUGCUUGGACGGCCAAUCCAAAGUGAGGACGAGAUGGCGACUCUAUCUGCUAUUUUGAGGGGUGUACUUGUCAAGUACCACGACGGAGGAUUUGCUCUAGCCAAGAACGCAGAGUAUAGUCAAGCACUGAAAAUGCUCAACCUACUAUACGAGAUUACUAGGGAUAAAUGGUGGACAAGAGCGUGGACCUUCCAAGAGAAUUACAAAGCAGGUCUAAAGAUGACGCUUCUAAUUCACCAUAAUCCAGACCUCGAAAGUGCAAAGAGAUCUAUGCUCAGUGGAAAGAAGGCAAUGUUUGGUGUAGUCCCCGGCGAACUAAGUAUUCAGUCUGUCAAAUUCUCCGAGAGCGCCACUAAAUUUUGUUUGGCAUUCCGUCGGCACCACUUUACGACAAGCGAGGAUGAAGAGAAGAUAACUCAUAUCCUGAAAACUGCUGGAAGAUACAGGAUUCUGCUAUUGCCAUCCACUUCCAUGUCAGGGACAAUAAUUUCCGACGUGCAGUGGAGAGGUGUCACUGAGCCUUGGGACCGCCUGUCUAUCAUCGCCAAUUGUUGUCAGUAUGCUACUCGGCUGGAUGCCGGAAGGCUUCAACUGAAGGGAGAAACCGAGUUGAGUCUUGACAUAUCGGUAUUGGCACUGCGCCUACUAAAUGGCGAGAUACUCAACAAUGAAGAAGUUUACGUACCUGGUGAGACUGUUCUUGAGCAGGUGAACGAUCUCUUCUUUGAUGACUUUAAAGCACCCGAUGGCGAAAAGAGAUUAACAUAUAAUAAGGGCUGCCGCUUUGCCAAUGUAGACUUCACAAAAAAAGGCAUCAAGACAAAAGGCCAUCUAUGGAAACUUGGAGAAACCCUUCGAGCACCUAGAUCAUCGCCACGGUUAUCGCAACCAACCCAACAGGGCGAGCAGCAGCUUUCAGAAUAUCAGCGAACACGACUACGACAGCUUGGUGAGCUUAUCAAGGCAAAACAUGGCGGCAAAGACGCGAGUAUAGUGGAGGACAUGAACGAGUUUCUCACAGAAGAUGCUUUUGUUGUGGAUGAUGAAGAAUCCUUUAGUUUGUGGUAUCGUCGGUUAAUGGCGAAAGAAGUAGUGAGGGCUAUGGAUGCGGAUCAGAACUUGUCACUUGGGUAUCUCUGCGAUCCAGCAGGUGAACCCACGAUGGCUCAAGGGAUAUUCAUUCCUGGCCGAGGUGCUGUUGAUUCAAGUGGAAUUUUGAGUCAGGCAGAUCAGGAGCUGGCGUAUGUUUUCACAUCACUGUGGUCCGACAGCCAAGUUGACGAAGAGUACCUCGCAAACGAAUUGGAUCAUCACGUGUCCCUUGGAGUUCGGCUUUCUGACGACAGUAGUCGGGACCCUCUACAGUUAUACACGCAAGAAUGGGUUCUGGGACUAUGCUUCUUUACAGGUGUUCCUACUUAUGAUGUGGUGUUUCCUUGGCCACAGGUGUUGGUAAAAACAGGUUCUUGA